UACCAGGGGCAGAUCCAGGGGAAGGCAGGUUUGGUCUUCCAAGCUGAGUUGAAGCAGCUUGUGUCUUCACUAGCCUCAGAGGCAAACGGUUUUCCCUGCAGAGAGCCACUCUGAACCUCUGCCUCCCACGUGCUACCACUGCCAGGCUCCUUUUCUUCUUUUUAUGAUCACAACAUUGGUGCCUGUGACUCGGAUUCAGAAACUCUGCAGGUUUGCAUGCUGGACAGACAGUUGGUGCUCCUCUCCCUCAGCUCCAGUCUGUGGGGUGGUGCUGCAUGGCCACAAGCAGCUCACAGCCUCUGUCAGACAAGUUCACGCUCAACUGCAACCACGCUCACUAGCCGCGAUCUGAUUUCAGGGACCAGGUGCAUCUGUGUGUGGCCCACCGUGCUCUGAGAAGACCUCCACAGCUUCACUGCUCUACUGCUGGAAUUGCAUUUCCAGCUACUCAUAACAAGAUGGCUUCACAGAGCUGACAGAGGUGUUCUGAGUGUGUGAACAUGGAUCCCAAGGAGUCUUGCUGUACUGCUCUCUGCUUUUUGUGCAACCCUGGCUCUUCACUACAUAGCAGCAGCCUAAGACCACCCAGGAAGUGUGGAGGGUUGAGCAAGCUAGUCCAGUCUAGCUCAGAGUGGCCAGCUGACUUGUGGAGUUUAUUAUUGUGGCUUUUGUUGUGCCUGCCCUUGGCAGGUGGACUGGAAGUGGAGAUGGCAGGGAAGACUCAGAUGGUAUUCCUCCAUGAAGAUGUCACCAUACCCUGCAAAAUCCCUGGCUCCCCAAAGCUGGACCUCAAUACUGUGGGAGUCAUCUGGUCUUUGAAGAAGGACAGAGAUGAAUCUGAGGUCCAGGUGUUUGAGUUUUAUGGAGAUCAACGAGAGGCAGUCCGACCUGGAGCAGAUGUGUCCUUGUUGGGGCUAGAACAUGGAAAUGCCUCACUCCAUCUGCCCAGGAUAGAGCUAUGGGAAGCAGGAGAGUACAGAUGUAAGGUUGUGGUCACCCCUGAAAAGGCAGAAGGGACAACCAGGCUGGAAGUUGUAGCUCACCCUGACAUGUGUUUGUUUGAGAAACUAGCUACCGCAAGAAAUGGUAAAGAGAAACUCAUUAUCUGCCAGCUGGAAGGAUUCUACCCAGAAGCCUUUGACAUAAAGUGGAUGAGGUGUGCCCUGAAGGAUUCCCACUUCCAAGAGAUUACUGAGGGCAUAGUCACCGGUCCCACUGUGAAGAAUGUUGAUGACACCUUCAGUGUAAACAGCUCCUUGGUCCUGAAGCCAGCUCUGGAAGACCAUAUAUACCAGUGUGUGGUGUCACACAGAUCCUGGCUCAUCCCACAGAGUCUCAAUAUCACAAUUUUUGAGAAUAAGCCAGGAUCUGUGAUGAUGUAUGUUACCAUCAUUGGCUCCUGUAUUGUACUGUUUUCAGUGAUAGCGUGUGGCCUUUGGAAAUGGAAAAGACUUCCAACACACAUUACAGAGCCUGUGUUGGCUUCAGGAGGAGUGUGACAGUGAAGGACACAGGGACUGCUGGGGCUGCAGAGAUGGCUCAGUGGGUAAGAGCACUGGAUGCUCUUGUACAGGAGUCAGGUUCAGUUCCCCCACACGCUGGCUCACAACCCCUUGAGAUCGUCUCAGCUACACAAGCCCAUACGCACACUCAUGUGAACAUGCACACAAUCACAUAAGGACAAUACAGAAGUAAGCCUGUUUUCAGAAGGAAGAGGAGAAGCAGGAGGAGGAGGAGGAGGAAAGAGGAGUAGGAGAGAGGAGGAGAAGGAGAAGGAGAAGAAGAAGAAGAUGAGUGCUGAUCCAGCAUAGACCAACUGAUUAAUGGAACUCAUCUUCCUGGUUAGUGCUGAGAAAAUGAGAAACCUAUGCAUAAUGUUGUGUGGAAGUGAUUUCUGCGACACCGAUGUUGGCAUUCUUCCUGCCUUUCUCUGGAUCUGAUACAGGUGCUGUGGCCAUCCUGCAGGAUCACUUAACUGAAGAAGGGCUGGGCCUGGAUCCUGGUAUGGUUGUUUUUCUGCUUCACUUCAUCUUUCACAUCUGGUCUUGGUGACUCUGUGGACUUCCAAGCUGGCAGCCCCUUGGUUUGAGGCUAAACUGACAUGUUCUUUGCUAAGAAAACUCAGACUAUAAUUAUUUUUGAAUUAUUUUCUACAUGAGAUAUUUAAUCAUGAAAACACAGUGAGUCAAAACUUCCAUUGAGGACAGUCUGCAGGAGAUGUUUCCAAUAAAUAACUUAAUGAUGCACCAUGGGACCUUGGAAACCCAAGCUCAAGCCAAACCCAAACCAGUAUUUGGAAAGAAUUAAGAUCAGGGCAGAGAUUAAUCAAAUGGGGAUGCAAAAACACAUUAAAGAUUCCAAGGAAUCCUCGUAAAGUGGAUCCACAAAUCCUUUCUCAGACUGUCUGGCAGAGAGCAAAGCCUCACCUCAAUAAGUCAGAGGUGAGAAAGGAGCCAUUUGGAAGCUGGGCAGUUAUUAGGAUGUUCUGAAAGGAAAAAAGAUAUUCUCCUAAUUGGAAACUUUUAGAGGAUUCGAUGAAUUUCUUGGUAUCCCUGAAUUAAACCCAGAUGAGAUAAUUUAAAGAGAUCUACGAGGAGCAUUGUUGUUGGUGUAACAACAGCAAUAGCAGCAGCAACAGCAGGGUCUCAAAUGAAGCAGUACUGAGGCCCUGAUGGUGACGUGGACCAGAUCUUCAGUAAGGUGCUAACACAGCCAUUCUGAAGAACACUGCCAAUCUCUCUUCCCUACAAAAGGCAUUACGGUCAUGACACAACUGCAUGAAGACAAAAAAGAAAGGAAAAGACUCUUUUUUUGUUGUCUCUUUAACAUACAUCUAUUCAUUUGUUUAUAUAUUGUGUGUCUGAGCGUACCUGAGGAUGUGGAUGUCCUAAAGAAAAUCACCAUGUUUUCAGUAAAGUCAGACAGAAGACAAGCACGGCAUGUCUACUUUCUCCACACUCUUCAUUAAACUUCUGGGAAUCUUAGCUAGGAGAAUGUGAGGAGAGAAGUGAACAAUUAUCUAUAUGUCUCUGUUUAUAUAUUGUCUGUCUGCCUGCCUUCCUGUCUGCCUGCUUGCCUGCCUGUCUGUCUGCCUCUCUGUGUGUCAGUGUCUGUCCGUGUGUUUGUGUGUCUCUUUAUGUGUAAUUGAGGCACUGGAAGGUCUAUCUGGACCAACUAGAUGGCUUAGCCUGGGCACCUGAGUUCCAUCCCCAUAGCAUAAGUGAAUGUGGAAGGAGAGAGCCUACUUUAUUUUUUGUUGUUGUUUAUUUUUUUUUUUU